GGUUCCCAGGCCGACUUUCGAGAGAAGACACCACGAAUCCUCACUCCGGAUACAUACCACUUCAAAACUUGCUCGGUCUACUACAUUCAACUCUCGAACGCCACUCAAUAAAUCAACGUAUUUCUACUGCGAAGAUCUAUCGAUCCCUUGACUUUGUAGGGUUGGAUCGAAGCGUCGAUUGUUCGUGAAGGAGUUGCUGGAUUACCCAUUUGAAGCACCUUUAAAUCACUCAAGCUGUUUCCGUUUCGUCUCAGCGGCUGCCGGAGAACGCUCAUGGCUUCUGUCAUGGGCUACGGUCAAGGAGCUUCCGGAUUCGGCGGUCAAGGCAUCAACAGAGCUGCUCUUGCCGCCGCCGCUCACAGCGUUAAGGCUCAUCGAGUCUAUGUUGGCAACUUACCCUAUGCAGUCGGUUGGAGGGAAUUGAAGGAUUUCAUGCGAGAGGCAGGUGAAGUCUCCUUUGCCGAAGUCCUCAUGGGAAACGAUGGUCGCAGCAAAGGCUGUGGUGUCGUUGAAUUUUCAACUGGGGAAGCCGCCCAGAAAGCGAUCACCGAGCUGAGCGAUCGACCACUACUUGGAAGACCUGUCUUCAUUCGUGAGGAUCGUGAAGCUCAUCCUCGUUACGGACAUCAACCUCAAAGGCCUGUCUACCCUGGCGCAGCCCCUGGUGGUGGUGGUGGUCCCGGACGUCAACUGUUCAUCACUGGUCUGGCUCCGAGUGUCACUUGGCAAACCUUGAAGGACAUGUUCCGAACCGCUGGAACUGUGGUCAGAGCCGACGUUAAUGUCGCCAAAUGCACCGGGACUGUUGUGAUGUCAAGCGAAGCCGAAGCAACCGCUGCCAUAGCUACUUUCAACGGCAGUACGAUCGAAGGCUCUCGUAUCGUGGUCCGAGAAGAUCGCUUCACGCAAAAUCAUUUGGGUGGCACGAACAAUCAGUUUCAAGCAGGCUCAAGACCAGCCGCAAUCGAUCCUGCCAACCAAGAACCAUCCACUCAAGUGUUCGUGAAUAACCUACCGUAUUCAACCGAUUCGGCCGGCUUAUUAGCCUUAUCUCCUGGUGCCACAUCUGCCGAAGUGAUGAUGAUGGGCGGUAGAAGCAAGGGAAUGGGUGUCUUGGAGUUCCCCAGUCUGGAAGCAUCUGCGGAAGCUUUGACAUCGUUACAGGGUCACAUGAUGGAUGGUCGUCCAAUCAUGGUCAAGUACAAUGAACGCUGGCACGAUUUUUCCGAGCAAGCAGUUAGCUCCAGCUCUACCACCAGCUCAUCGUAAUCUUCUGUUGCCCGUUCAACACUGAAAAAUCUUCCACGCACGCGUCGAGUAAGUCUCGAAUAGUGACACAUAAACUAUUGCGUUCGUUGCCAGAGUGGCCGAAAAAUACCCAGGAUAACGCUCAGCAAUUCCAAUGUUUUCACAACCCACUAUGAAAGUAUACAGUAUGCUACAAUCAAAUUAAAAGCCCUUUUUUUUCUGAACUAUCUGGUCGCUUAUCUAAAAGCCACAAAAGAAAUACCAAAAACAUAUGUCCGAA